CUUCUCAUACUCAUUGCUAUGGCUACCAACCACAACACAAUCUCUGAUCUUCAACCCACUACAAUUUUUGGCCAUUUCAUUUGACCCAUUUUUUCGUUUUGGGUAUUGAUGUUAGUGUUGUGAUGUACUUUUAAAUUCAAUGGAGGUUGGAUAUACAUAUACCCUUACGAGCCUUUUAGGAUUAGGAGCUUGAAAGCACUUUAACUUCUUAAUACAUGGCUUGUCAAAUGGGAACUAUGACUCUGAACUGGAGAUUAUCAAUUACAGAGAAUGAAAGCUCUGAAAAGUCAUGUGUCAACCUUGCAACUUCCAGAAUCCACAGCUGUUGCUGUGAGCCAAAUUUUAACGGGCUAACUCUAAAAGCUUGCAUGAAAUCUUCACCUUUUGCUCAGAGCUGUUUCCUGGGAAGAAGAGCUGGGUGGAAAAUAGCUUUUGCAUUGAACACAGGUGGAGUGUCUGGAAAUGGUGACCAACAAAGCUUCAACGAAGCCAGUUCCAAUCUCGGUGGUACUCGAUUGGGUAGGAUAUUGACUGCAGGUGGCAGACAACUUCUAGAAAAGCUGAACUCAGCUAGAAAGAACAUCCCUUUGAAAGUAUUCCUGCUACUUUUGGGUUUCUACACGGCAAAUGCACUAGCUACAAUCCUUGGGCAAACCGGUGAUUGGGAUGUUCUGGUUGCUGGUGUUGUGGUGGCUGCAAUUGAGGGGAUUGGCAUGCUAAUAUAUAGAAAGCUACCUACCGCGAGGACUGGGAGGUUGCAGUCUUUUCUAGUGCUGGUGAACUACUGGAAAGCUGGCAUAUGUUUAGGUCUCUUUGUAGAUGCUUUUAAGUUGGGAAGCUAAGAACCCGCAAAAUCUUGUCCUUGUUUUGUCUUUUCAAUUUUUUGUUGUAUGUCAUAAAACUCUGUUAAGCCAUAAUUUUGACCGUAGUCUUCUUCUAUUGCUACCUUAUAGUUCUAUACUAGUGGUGUACAUGUAAUUGUAGUAUGUGAAUAGUAUAUAUGACGAUUGCUUAAUGACUUUAUGGCUCUGUGCACACUGCACAGUGCACCAUUUUGCAUGUGCUUGGUGAAGGAGAAACUGUUACAUUAAUUUGUUUGUA